AUGCCGCUGCUGGGGGGUGGUGGGAGGAAGAAAACGCUCUCAACGAUCGGCGUCACGGCCAGGCCGAUUGCCGCGCACGAGUACCUCCGACAACCGCGGGACAGAUUGUUGCUGGAUGCACUCCGGCAGUCGAUCGAGCGGAGCCGGUUGCGUGUCCCCCGUGUGUCCGAGUUGCUGGACGUGAAGUCGUUGCCCGACACGAACACGGCACACGCGGCACAGACCCUCGCCGAGCACGUGCUUGCCGCCAGUAAAAACGGGCCCGCGAUGGGGCCGGAAGGCGACGCGGGUCCGGAAGAGGCGAGGCCGAAAGGCGUGGGUCCGAAAGAGACGCUUACUGGUCGGAAUCCCCCGUAUUGGACCCCCACACGUUGGAAUGAGCGGAUUCGCGCGCUGCCGAAGCUCGAGGCGCAGUUCGACGAAGCGGCCUCCGCGCGCUGGGAUUCGAACCUGCGCGCGCUCACGCGCGGCAAAGCCGCAAGCGGCCAGUCCGAGCGUGCCCGCAGGGAGCAAGCAGCCUCGCUCUUUCCGGAAAUA